GAGAAAAUACGAAUGAACAUAGCCCAAGAAAUGAAUACGAACCAAGUCCAGCGAACUUUUUCAUACCUGUCAUUGCUGAAUUUAUUGGCUCAUUCCUGUUUACUUUUUUGGGCAUUUUUCCAUAUUUGCAUAUAGUUAAUACGCAACUAGCGGUGUCACUGUUAGACGGUGUUGCUUUAUUCACAUUGAUGUGCAUUUUGGGGCGCUUCAGUGGCGCACAUUUCAACCCAGCGCAAACGCUGUCAGUAAUAUUUGUUGGGAAAUGUCGCUUAGCAGUUGGAUUUUUCAUGAUAUUUAUGCAAUUUUUGGGGGCAUUUCUUGGUGCUGUUUAUGCGCAGUGUGUUCUACAAAGAAGCGCAUUUGCAGUAGCAAUGCAUGCAGCUAUAAGAUGGUCCAAAACAGAUAUAUAUGCACCAAACCGUUUGCAGCAUUUUUUCAUAGAAUUAACACUGAGCAUACUAGUUUGCUGUGCUUACCUAUUCACAGGUAUCAUCAGUCGUGGUAGGAAUGGUGCCUUAUGUGCUGCGAUCGUAUCUGCAACACGGGUACAGCCAUUAUUACUUUUGUUGGAUAUUCCACUAUCGGUCAAACAGCAAAUUUGGCGAGGACCAUUGGCUUGACUUCUACCUCAUAUAUAUUUUUGUCCGUAUGUGAUGAGUGGCGAUUCAUCUAUAUACCUUUUCUUGUUGAUCUGAUUUCCGCUCCUUUCGCC